AUGUAGGCGUGCGCAGUUUGUGUGCGUGAGCGAACUAUUUAACUCCGAAGUGAUGUUAGAAUCACUCGAAAAACCGUUAAAAAACCGCGUCUUUCUCGUAUUUCCCGCAAAUUUUCAAUUAAAUUGUGCCCACGCUGGACAACCGUCCCUCGCUGUAUAGUCUUUAGUAUCAAUCACCAACGUCGAGACGAUUUAUUUAGUUUUUAAGCCUACCACACCGUUUUAAGAUGCCUAAACGAAGAAACAAAACGCUUGGGCAAACUGAAAGUUCAUUAACCACCGAGAAUUUUCGAAUAUAUCUAGACGAAAUCAUACGAGAUUUCAUCAAUGAUCCAGAGAGAAAUGAGUUAGAAUUCCCCAAUAAUUACUCUAAGAUAAUGCGAGCCUACAUUCAUGAUAAGUGCCAGAAGCUAGGCAUUAAAAGCAAGUCACAUGGAAAAGACCCCAAUAGAACUCUGUCCAUUUACAAGAAAAACGUUCUGCACACAGCUGAAGAGAUACCCUUGAAUUUAUACACCUCUACUCAUCAAAUUCUGUCCAGAAUUCAACAGUUACGCGUCGUGCGCAACGUGGAGUAUAAACGCAUCAAGGUGCAAUGUGAUAGUAUCAACAAGGUGUAUCAGGGCUCCGUGACACAGGUACGUCCGGUUGUGAAUAGUCAAUUCACGGAGUUCCGGAAGUCGUUGCCGAUUUUUCAAAAUCGCCAGCUCAUUCUGGACACGAUACGCAACAAUCCGGUCGUCAUUGUUAGCGCGGAGACCGGAUCGGGUAAAACAACGCAGAUUCCACAGUUUAUCAUUGAGGAGGCGGCUGAACUCAAUAAAGAAGUGAGGGUUAUUUGUACACAACCAAGAAGAUUGAGUACUGUCGCUGUUUCUGAACGUGUUGCUGCUGAAAGAGGUGAACAAGUCGGGCAAACUGUCGGUUAUCAAAUAAAAUUAGAACAAAAACUCGGCGUUGAGACUGCAAUCAUCUACUGCACGAACGGAGUAUUGCUGCGUACUUUAAUGAGCGGUGAAGAGUGUUUCAAACACAUAACGCACGUAAUCGUGGAUGAAAUUCACGAGCGUGAUAAAUUCACCGAUUUUCUUAUGAUUAUCCUACGUGAGAGUGUUAAGAAAUUCCCGCAUCUUCGAUUAGUCUUGAUGUCAGCCACGAUGGACAUGGACGCAUUCGUUCAGUACUUCGAAAACAAAGCUUGUGUCCUAUCUGUUGAAGGAAGAAGUUUCAGUUGUUGUUCCUGGUUCCUCGAAGACAUUCUACAUCAUAUCAACUAUGAAAAUUCGCGAAUGAAAGAAUUGCGACAAUUACGCGAGCGUAACGGAGCCCCUGGUCGAGUUGUAACUAAAGUAAAACCACAAGAAUCCUACGCCGAAUUGGAUGACGAAUGUAAAAUGGACGUCAAUGAAGUUCUAGCGCGAUGUUUCGACCAAGGCACGGAUGCUGAAUUCGAUGAGUUGAUGCAGAUGUAUCUGAAUGAGAAUGUCAGUCCGAAUUAUCAAGAUUGGCACGGGAAGACCGCUCUGAUGGCUGCGUCUCGUCAUGGUAACUUUAGAAUAAUCGAACAGUUGUUAAACAUGGGCGCGGAUAUGUUUCUGUCUUCUGCUGAGGGUAUAACUGCGUCUGGUUUUGCACAGCAGGCAAAUAAUAUGGAUGUGGUGAAUAUGUUAUCGUUAUAUCAACAGACAAACCCCGCGCAGGAGAUGUUUAUCAAUGAAAGCGGUAUUCUUGCUGAUUACGAUCGUACUGUCAACGAUGAAUUCGUCGAUUAUGAAUUGAUUCUUGAAAUUAUUAAACAUAUUCAUUAUAAUCUCGAUAAGGAAGGCGCCAUAUUGGUAUUUUUACCUGGUUAUGAGGAUAUAGUUGCAUGUCAGGAUAGAAUUAUGUCCUCAAACAUGCCACAACAUGAUUAUAAACUGUUUAUGCUGCAUGGCAGUAUGCAGAUUCAACAUCAGCAUGAUGUGUUUCAAAAAUUCGCGAAUAAGCAAAAGAUUAUCUUGGCCACGAAUAUUGCCGAGACUAGUAUCACCAUUGAUGAUGUCCGGUUUGUAAUUGAUAGUGGUAAAGCGAAGAUUAAGUCUUAUGAUGCAAGGACUGGUAUUACUUCGCUGAAAAGUGAGUGGAUUUCUAUGGCUAAUUCAAGGCAGCGUGCGGGACGCGCCGGGCGUACACAAAAUGGCUACUGUUUUCAUUUGUAUUCAAUUAAUCGAUAUGAGUCGUUUUAUGUGAAUCCGAUUCCGGAGAUUUUACGCACUCCAUUGUAUGAGCUUUGUUUACAAACGAAAAUGUUGGCGCCUCAGGCGAUGUCAAUUGCGGAGUUUUUAAAUCUCGCUAUUGAUCCACCGAAGAACAUUGCUGUGGAAGAAGCGAUUGCUACUUUGAAGUGUCUCGGCGCAUUGAAUGAGUAUGAAGCGAUGACUGAACUUGGGGAGCAUCUGGUACAGUUCUCGAUUGAACCCAGAUUGGGGAAGAUGUUGAUUUAUUCAGUUAUCUUCAAGUGUUUGGAUCCUGUUUUGACUAUUGCGGCUUCCAUGGCACAAAAAGAUCCAUUUAUGUUACCAUCACAAGCCCAUUUGAAACAACAAGCAUUGGAUAAGAGAAAGAGCAUGGCGGAGGAUUCCCUCAGCGAUCAUAUGAUUUUCAUUCGUGCUUUUCAGUUGUGGCAAGACCACAAAAUCCAAAACCGUGGCUAUCAAUUCUGCAAUCAGAAUUUUAUAAGUCCAGCUGUAAUGGAACUGAUUACACUGACAAGAUCACAACUUCUUAGUCAACUUAGAGCGAUGGGUUUCGUACAGGCCAACCCCAAAGAGAAUAUUUCUGAAUUAAACGCUAAUUCUAAUAAUUGGGCCAUAGUAAAAUGUUGCCUAGCCGCAGGUCUUUACCCUAAUGUUGCAUUUUACAAUGAUCGCAACCUUCACACGCGGAUUGACAACGUUUUCAUCAGUGGGCAAUCUUCCUUGAAGGGAACCAUCUAUGAUGGUAAGGGUUACGCACCGAUUAAACGCGCUUGGCUUGUUUUCGAUGAGAUUUCCAAGCCGCGAAUUAAAACAACCAUUAAAUCUGCAACUGUUAUUACACCAUUGACUAUUGCGUUGAUUUGUGGUCAACAUACUCAGGUGACCGAUGGUUGUUUAUUGCUUGAUCAUGCGUAUGCACUUAUGUUAGACAAUCGUCAGAUUGUUACCCUGAGAAAUAACGUGCAGCAUGUUAUUUAUAAAAAGAUUCGCGCACCGCAUUUACGUUUGAGUUACGAAGAGGUUGAAACAUUGAAGUUAUUAGCGAGUGUUAUGACUUCAGAAGAACAGAAUUAUGAGCUACAUGCUCCGGAAGGUAUUGGCAAACGUCCGAGGAUCACAGACAUGGCUAUCAAGACUCGUGCGCAUCAUGAACAUAACUAUAGAGAACACAAUAAUUCUGGUGGUUUCUAUCAACAACAACAACAACGUGGACCGUACAAUAAUUACUACGAUGCUGGGCCCUCUCGACGUCACGGAUCGUAUGACAGCCGAAAGAUAUUUUCUUCCAGUGCGUUGUAUUUUAUUAUUCAGCCAUGGGAAGAGAAGAAUAUUACAAUUGGGAUUAAGCAGAGAAUGUGGACUUUUACACCGCAGACGGAGAAGAAACUAUUUAAAUAUUUUGCUGAGGGCCGCACGAUAUAUUUAAUAUUCCAUGCGCGGAAAUCACCCGAAUUGUAUGGAGUUGGACGACUUAUGGAUAUAAACCAAGUAAAUCACAAUAAAGCUUGUUCGAUUGAAUGGUGUACAUCAAAUAAAAUUCCAUUGUUUAAAGUCAAACAUUUUAUUCAUGAAAAAGUUCACCUGCAACAAGACGGCUACGAGUUGGAUUCCCAAGUUGGACAGCAACUGUGCACGGCAAUAUAUGAACAUGGUCCGCAUCGAUUCCGCUUCAAUGCGAAUUGCGGCCCCCGGCCGAUUUUGGGUAACAACACUCGAGCGGGGCCCAGCAGGCAAUAUUAAUCUAGUGGAAAGUGUAGAAUGAAACAAAGUAAAUCUAUUUUUAUAUAUAAAUUGCAUGACUUCGGUAUGGAAAUCAUCGUUUAGAAGACUGCCAUUAUUAUAUAACAAGAGUUAAUGUUAUUCGGUUUUUAAUUUUUUUUUUUUAAUUCAACGGGAAUUGUUUUUGAUUUUUACGCUGUGUUUCAAUCACUUUUCUUAUUGAAUGCGUGCAAUUGAAUAUUUAUCUUUUUACAUUCGUGCACUAUAUUUGCGCAACUGUAGAUGAACAGAUUUGGAAACUCUUUUGGUUGGUUUUAUUUUAAACUUAAGUUUAAGUGAGGAUCAUUCGGAUCGAAACUAUACAGAUUUGUUAAAUCAAUAGCUUAGAUAUGGAAACACUUGUGAUUUUUAUGUUAUAGUUAUAUGAAUCUUUUGUAGACGCGCUGUGUAAGCGUGAUGGAUUGGUUCUUUGAACUGUAUACAUUUUUGUAUAAAAUAUGCUUGAACAAGCCUAGGCUUGGAUAUAAAAUAUGAUCUUUAACUUAAAAACUAUAGAAAUUUAUAUGUACAACCGCUACUGUUUGUUCUGUAUUAUUAUUUUAGUAUAUUUAAUAAAUUUGAAUUGUUAUUUCUUA